GCAAAGGUAUGGAGCCAAUCCUUCGAAUGCGGGUAAGGAGCAUUACUCAACUGCAUAUCCCUUUCUCUCUCUCUGUCUUUGUCUCUCUCUUUCUCUCUCCUUGUUUUCCAGGACCUACCCUUCAAUCUUCUUCAUUCAGGUGAAUUUGGCUGUCGUGAGGAGCUGUUCCUGUUGGAGAGAUUGGAGUUUCCGGCGUGAGGCCGAUUUCUCCGGAGGCCUCAUCUGCAAAUGGAUCCAUUAGCUGACGCCGGCUUGGCCGAAGGAGGGUCGUCCCCACCGCCUCCUCUCUUUUCCGAUUCAUCGUCGUACUCCCCCCCGCCGCCCCCUUCAUCCGACUCCACGUCGUCAUCCCCGCCGCCGCCGCCUUCAUCCGACUAUGGAUCAUCGUCCUCGUCACCUCCACCCGAUGGAUCUUCUCCGUCUGGCGAUUCAGGCUCUCCGGGACCAUCGGGGUCGCCCGGCUCUCACUCAUCCGAUCGGUCAUCUGGCUCGCACAAGAAGUCGUCGUCGUCGUCAUCCGGAGGAUCUUUGAACAGCUCGGAUGUUGCCGGGUUAGUUGGUGCCGGGAUCGUGAUCCUCGCCCUCAUCGUUGCCUGCAUAAUCUGCAUCACCCGACGGAGAAAGAAAACCAAGCAACGACAACAAUACGCAAAAUCGAAGAGCGGGCACCCCCGAGGCGGCGACAAACACAGAAACCCGCAAAUGGACCACGUCGUUAGGAUCAAUCAAGGAACCCCCGGCGGCGGUGGAUGGGGAAUGCCGCCGCCUGCAGGGCCGAGCAGCAGUGAGUUUAGCGAGUUCGGGUACCAACCGAGCCCGCUGAGAAUGGGCGGCUACAGCGGCAAGAGCCAGUUCACGUACGAGGAUCUAGCGGCGGCGACCGAAGGAUUCUCCGAAGCUCAUGUAUUAGGACAAGGUGGGUUUGGUUUCGUGCACAAAGGCGUUUUGCCGGACGGACGAUCCAUCGCAGUCAAGAGCCUCAAGGCCGGGAGCGGGCAGGGCGAACGAGAAUUCCAGGCCGAAGUCGAAAUCAUUAGCCGCGUGCAUCAUCGCCAUCUCGUGUCCCUCGUCGGGUACUGCAUUUCGAGCGACAAGAGAAUGCUCGUCUACGAAUUCGUCCCGAACAAGACACUCGAAUUUCAUCUCCAUGGAAAAAGCCUGCCGGCCAUGGAUUGGGCGACUCGGCUUCGCAUUGCUCUCGGAUCCGCUAAGGGACUUGCUUACCUACACGAAGAUUGUCAUCCUCGGAUCAUCCAUCGCGACAUCAAAUCGGCGAAUAUUCUUCUCGACAACAACUUCGAAGCCAUGGUUGCGGAUUUCGGACUGGCUAAGCUAAAUUCUGACAACUUCACUCACGUCUCGACCCGCGUUAUGGGAACAUUUGGGUAUUUGGCUCCGGAGUACGCCGCCAGCGGCAAGCUAACGGAGAAAUCUGACGUUUUCUCGUUCGGAGUCAUGUUGGUUGAGAUAAUCGCCGGUCGUAGGCCGGUUGAUCCAACGAACAGAACGAUGGACGACAGCUUAGUCGAUUGGGCUCGACCGCUCAUGGCGAGAGCGCUUGAGGACAGUGACUACAGCAAGCUGGUCGAUCCUCGGCUCGGAGAAAAUUACGUCCCGCAAGAGAUGAGACGUAUGGUUGCCUGCGCUAAUUCUGCGAUUCGGCAUUCUGCUCGACGGCGCCCUCGGAUGAGCCAAAUCGUGCGCGCUCUGGACGGAGGAUCGUUGGACGACUUGAACGAGACGACGAAGGCUGCCGCCAAUCAGAGCCCGUCGACGAUGCCGGACGCGCACGCAGACGUUUACGACACGCGUGCGUACAACGCGGACAUUAUGAAGUUCAGGAAGAUGGUGAUCUCGAGCCAGGACGACGAUUUCAGCAGCGAAUACGGCAGCGAUAAGACGUCGAAGCCGUGAUUACCAUUUAUGCGGAUGUGGUGCCCGGAAGGACAGCUGGCGUGCGACGACGACAACGACGACGGGUACGAGGAUGAUCGGGAUCUCGGAAUUGGUUUGUUUAGGAACAGAGUUUAUGGAUGUCGUCAUCGUCUUUUGCUUUCGUUCCAUUCCUAUGGUCGAAUCGAACUGUGCAUCAAUCUGGAUUCGAAACAGCCGUACUGUUAUUUGAGUGCUUGUAAUAAUUUGUUUGGUAUGUUGUUCUUCUUCUUCUUGCUGUUGAAUCGAAGAAUUGGUGUGCUCCAACAAUAGAGUAAAUGUGCCUCUCAACGUUAA